AUGGCCCUCCGCCUUCCUCCAUUGAAACAAGCCCAGCUCAAAACGCUCGCCUUAGCUUGUGGGCUACCCUUAACCGGAACCAAGGGAGUGCUCAUCGACUACUUAUUGCAAGCUUGUGAAAGGCAAGCCCACGACAAGGAACAUUCAAUACUCAACAAGCGCGUCCUGUCCAUCGACCUUGGACUCCGUAACUUGGCCUUCAGCCUGUUGCACCCACUUGACCAGACCUCCAGUGCAGAAAUCAAGAAGAAUGGGUACGAUUUCCGACGGCCGCCGCGUGCGCAGCUCGAGACUUGGUCUCGAUUCUCCAUAGUACCGGCCCAGCUAGCGACACCGCUGGAAACGAAGAACUAUGAUGCGUGGAGUCCAGCCAAGCUGUCCCAGCUAACGUUCGGCCUUGUGAAGGAUCAGCUGCUGACGCUGAAGCCCACCCAUAUUUUGAUUGAGCGGCAAAGGUUUCGCAGUGGUAGCAUGGCCGCGGUCCAAGAGUGGACGCUACGUGUGAAUACCCUCGAGGCCAUGAUGCAUGCCGUGCUGAGGACGCUUUACGAGGAAAAGCUCUGGACCGGGGAGGUUCUGUCGAUCCCACCGGCACGAGUGGGACCGUUCUGGCUCAGUGAUGAAGGACAGGGGGAGAAACCCGUUUCCAAGAAGAGCACUAAAGUUCGAAACAAACAGGCCAAGAUUGAUCUUGUCGGAAAGUGGCUGGAGCAAGAGGACAUCAAGGUGAUGGAAGGUGCGCGUUCUACCAGCCGUGGAUUUAUGAAUCGCUGGCUCAACAACCCCAUUGAGCUUGGGAUGGAUGAGAAGUUAGACAAGCUGGACGAUCUCGCCGACUGCCUCUUGCAGGGCCUGGCAUGGAUCAAAUGGGAACAAAACAGGCUCGUUUUGACCAGCCAUGGACCAAUUGUCCUUCUCAACCAAAUGUGA